AUGAGCAUCAGAGCAGCCGUCGCCCGGCAUGUUCUACAGCUCACCCUCCGCCGCGAGUUUGCGACUACCGCCAGCCUCCACGAUAGGCCAGGCAGCGCGCACGACUGGGCGACAAAGGUCCUCAACCUUCCCCGAAAUGACUGGGACGGCAGUGUUGUGACUCCCCCCUUGCCAUCCAAGCCGAGCAAGCCAACAACAUCCCCCAAGCUGACUAGAAAGCCUGGCCCAAAGCCGACCAGUGUUGCGAGGGACCGACCAGAUUGGGCCCACGCUGUUGUUGACAGGCCUCCACCACGGUCACGGAGGGAGUGGGGAGUUGCGCGCGUCACUCGUCGCAAGGCCGAGCCAGAUCUGGAAGAUCUUGGAGCACCACCAUCUAGCGAUGCGCUGGAAGGAGUCAGCCGGCUCUCCUCUCCAUCAGAGUUCUCGCGGUUGAGCGGCCCAACCCCGGGUCUCGAAGACGCGGCACGGCGGUCGAGCUCGCAUCUCGAGAGAGACGGCACGGCUCAGGCCCGAGACGGACCAACCUCCACGAGCUACGGAUUGACACUCGAGGGUUCCGCUCCAUCACUGCUGGGCGAUCCAAGGCCAGGGCGUACAGAUGCCGAGUCACACCUCUAUCGCGUCCCGAAGGGCAAGCUGAUGACGCGACUCGGUGAGGAAGUGAAGCCGUGGUCGCGCCGUGACCUUAGACCAAACCCACACAUCACCGUUGCGGACAUCCUAAGCUGUCCUCCACGUUGGGCGCCGAACCGUAUCCUCGCAUACCUCCAGACUGCGCGGCCGCCAUUUCGCGUUGGGGCCAUGCAUGCGCACCUCGAGCGUCUGCGCAAGCUCAUCGACUACAUCGUCCCGCCAAAGUGGGGGAAUCUCUCCGCCUACCGACAGCGCGCACUACUCACUCUCUGGUCACACUGGCUACAACAGGCUGCGAUGCUCAAUGACCUCGGCGCGCUACCGCGCAUGCGCGGCUGGGAAGGACGCGAGUUCGCCGCGGAACGCUUCGACGCCCUCUUCCUUGCCAUUCUCGGAGGCAAGGUCAGGCCCGGCAAGGGCGAGCAGUGGGACAAGUGGAAAACCCGCUUCCAGGUCACUGAAAUGACGCCCUCCGAGCUCAUCGACGAGGAGUUUGCACGGCAGUCGAAGGUCGACGCGCCGCCAGAACCUGCAUACCCGCCGCCCAGGCACACCUUUGGCCUCAAGGAGCGCGAGCCCGAAGAGCCAGUUAAGGGGAAGGGCCCCGUCACUCAUUACACGCCGCCGACUCUGUACGCCGACUCACCUGUGGAGAAGCACGUCGAGUACGAUCAGGCGUACGCCAAGGCGAUGAAGAUGCGCGGUGAGGCGUUGGCCGCGAUGCGCCAGAAGCGGGCACGCGACGCCCUCAAGGCCGUGAGCGUCGCCGUCGCGUUCAUGGAUACGGUGGAGGCGCGUCCGACCGAGUUCCAGCUCCAGCUCAUCUUGACGCAUCUCAUGGACCACAUCUCGUUCAAGGAGAUUAUGCAGUACCUCUCCGAGGAGGAGCAGGGCCCAAUGCACGACGUCGCGGCACGCCUGCAGAACCUCCUGCAACCGUGGAUUAUGGGUCCGCCAAUCGUCGAGGGGCCCGAGGUGAGGCGCUCAGCCGUCACGCAGUGGGACUCGGACAAUCACCUCCCUGCACGUGGACAGGGACGGCGGAUGUACGCGCAACGGAAGCAGCUCCUCCUCACCGUCGGUGACUUGGCCAUGUCCCGCAUCGAGGGUGGUGGCGAACGCGAGACGUACCACCGGUGGCUCGAGGCGGCCGAGACGAUGCUCCCCGAAUGGCACUUCAUGGUGGAACGUUACGAGGGCCUCUACCGUGAAGCAGCGGGAGGCCAGCCAUUACGCGCGCCGACAAUCAAGGAAGGACAAGCGCUUCAUCUACUGGCACGGUACGCGAUCUCGCGCAUCCCGCGCUCUGGCAUGAGCCUCCCACCCGGGGCGGAAGGCACUCUCGCCGACCCACUGUACUGUCUCCGUCUGUUGGCGGGUUCAGACGGGGUACGCUACUACCCUCGUCAGAAGAAGGCGCUACACAGCAUCCGCGCAAAGGACACGGACGAGCGCAUCGUCUCGGUCGCGAUACGGUGGGCGCGCGCGGCCGCCCAACGAUCCCUUCUAUCUCCUGUUGUUGCGCUCCUCCGUAUCCUCUGUGGAGGACGAGAACGUGGUCGCACAGCCCGCCCCGGACGCGGUGGCGGCCCGCCGCCAAUCCCACUCCGCCUGGGAAUCUAUCUCGCCGGUUCAGCUUCCGCGCCCGAAGACAUCCCCGCCCUCCUCCCCCUCCUUGAGAGGGUAGAUGUUUCGCCUGACGCGGAAUUAGCUCAGGCCGUAGACACGGCGGGAUGGAAGAUGGGUGCUGAACAGCGGGUUGGCCGCCUCUCGAUCGAGCGGAGCGGCCCACAUGCCGUGCUCGUUCGCACGCUGUUACUAUCCCAGGAAGCCGACGGUAUGGGGUUGAUGGAAGAAGCGCUUCCCGAGACGAUGGUCCCCGCUCCAGAGGGAGAGGAGACGGGCUUUGAGGCGCGCUUGAGGCGCAUGUACCAACGUUGGGGAUUGCCGGUUAUGGGUCCGCGCGGCGAGACGGAUGGCGAUCUCCUCCGAUCGCGGAGUAUGCAUCCCAGCGACGAGGUGAUGAUGGAGGAGAGGAAGACGGAGAGGGCGCGGAGGCGGAGAGGAGAGUAG